AGCUGCUCUGUUUCUAUGUUAUUAGUUGGUAGGUGGGCAACAGUGUUUGCACUCUGGGGUGUUUUUCUUUUAGGAUAAGCAGAUCGCAGUUCCUAAGGUAGCUCUCGCGCGUCACAACUGGAUUUGUGCCCUCAUCCCAACCGUUGGUAUAUGCAUCAUCCGAUCCAGCGGCUCUGUGUUGGGGCCACCACAUGCGGUUAAUAACUAAUCUCCUUUUUUUUAGCUAAAAAAGUUGCAAGUAAUCUCCUGUUUUGUACUCUCAAAAAAAAGAAGUAGGGAAGCAGAGUUCUUAUAUAAAACGAAUGCGAUUCUAGGAUUUAUAAAUUUUGGGUCCGUCACAAACAGAAAAAAUUAAACAACCGAAGAAGGCUCAACAUAUCCCAACAGAGGGCGCACUCUGUUGAGUCGUCGGCGACUGCCAAACGACUUUAAUCAGCGCGAGAUUGAUCUUUCUGUUUAACUGUUGAUCGUUCUGAGUCGUCAUCUGAUAAAGGAGUUAUUAGGUUAUCAAUCAUGAAGCAAUCACUCUUGGACAAGGCAGCUUCUUCCCAAUCUGGGGCAACGAGCAGUAAUAGAUCACUUUUCACAGAUGCUGGAUGGUUUAGCAUUAUCACUUUCUCUUGGAUGGGCCCUUUACUUGAUCUCGGCAGAAGGAAAACGCUAGAUCUUGAUGAUGUGCCACUCUUGGAUGACCAUGACAGUUUUCAUGGGGUCCUCCCUAACAUCAAGGCAAAGCUUGAGUGGGUUUCUGCAACAAGGCAGUACACAAGCAUUAAGCUGGCCAAAGCUAUUUUCCUCACAACGUGGAGACUAAUCCUUGUCACUGCAGUUUAUGCCUUACUCAGUGCUGUUGCUUCAUAUGUUGGUCCCUACCUGAUUCAGUACUUUAUCGACUACCUGAAUACAAGCCCAAGAUACAGUAAACAAGGCUACCUAUUAGCAUUGGCAUUUGUUGCGGCCCAAUUCAUUGAAGGCCUCUCAACAAGGCAUUUGCACUUCAGACUACAACAAGUAGGCGUGCGUGCCCAGUCAGCACUUGUUGCUAUUGUUUACCAAAAAGUCCUUGCCCUCUCUAAUCAGUCCAGGCAAAGCAGCUCAAGUGGAGAGAUGAUCAAUGUUAUGAGCCUUGAUGCCGAGUGCGUGGCAGGUUUCAGUCGGUGCAUGCACGAUCUUUGGCUGAUUCCUGUGCAAAUUAUCUUAGCCAUGCUUAUCUUGUACUCCACACUUGGUUUGGCAGCAUUUGCCGCCCUUGCUGCCACUGUUUUGACAAUGCUGGCUAAUAUACCAAUAGGGAGGAUGGAGCAAAAUUAUCAAGAGAAAACGAUGAGUGCCAAGGAUGCCAGGAUGAGGGCUACGUCUGAGAUCUUGAAGAACAUGCGUGUUCUCAAGCUUCAAGGAUGGGAAAUGAUCUUCUUGUCCAAGAUCAUGGAGUUGAGGAAGGAAGAGAUGAAUUGGCUAAAGAAAAACGUAUACACUUCGGCUAUGCUUAUAUCUGUCUUCUUUGGUGCUCCUGCUUUCGUUGCUAUGAUCACUUUUGGAACUUGCAUCCUUUUGGGCAUUCCACUAGAAACUGGUAAAGUAUUAGCUGCUUUGGCAACAUUUCGGCAGCUUCAAGGACCUAUCAAUGGUCUCCCCGACACAAUCUCUAUGGCCGUCCAGAGCAAAGUAUCACUUGAUAGGAUAUGCUCAUUUCUAGGACUUGAGGAGCUAUCGUGUGAUGCUGUAACUAAACUUCUGACAGGUACCACCGAUGUAUCAAUUGAGAUAAGGAACGGUCAUUUCUCUUGGAAUAGGUCCUCGCAAGUGCCUACUCUGCAAGACCUGAACUUCCGUAUACAACAAGGUAUGAAGGUUGCCAUCUGUGGAACAGUUGGAUCUGGUAAAUCAAGUUUACUGUCUUGCAUACUCGGAGAAAUACCAAAAUUGUCAGGAGAAGUUCAAACUUGUGGAAGGAUUGCUUUUGUCAGCCAGUCACCUUGGAUACAAAGUGGGAAAAUUGAAGACAAUAUACUUUUUGGCACGCAAAUGAAUAGGGAAAGGUAUGAAAAGGUCCUUGAAGUAUGCUCUCUGAUAAAGGAUCUGAAUAUAUUACCGCUGGGUGACCAGACGAUUAUAGGAGAGAGAGGCAUUAACCUUAGUGGCGGACAAAAACAAAGGAUACAAAUUGCCCGUGCUUUGUACCAAGAUGCUGAUAUCUUUCUGUUUGACGAUCCAUUUAGUGCGGUUGAUGCUCAUACUGGGUUGCACUUAUUCAAGGAGUGCUUGCUUGGAAUUUUAGCUUCAAAAACUGUCUUGUAUGUUACACAUCAUAUUGAAUUCUUACCCUCAGCUGAUGUUAUCCUGGUCUUGAAAGAUGGAAAAAUAACACAAAAAGGGGAUUACACUGAAAUUAUUAAUUCUGGAGAAGAGUUAAUGGAAUUAGUUGUGUCACAUAAGGAUGCCUUAUCCACUCUAGACAUGUUGGAGCUUCCAGGUAGUCAUUCUGAUAGUAGUCAUCAUCCUGAUGGCAAUAGAAGCACCCUAUUCACAGAAGACGGGGAAAAUGAUCAUAAAAUUGAAGGAGAAGGAAUUGUUGGAAAUGGUCAACUUGUACAAGAAGAAGAGAGGGAGAAAGGCCGGGUUGGAUUUGUUGUCUACUGGAAAUAUAUUACAAUGGCAUACAAGGGAGCACUUGUGCCACUUAUUUUGCUAUCUCAGAUCAUUUUUCAAUUUCUUCAAAUUGGAAGCAAUUUAUGGAUGGCUUGGGCAGCUCCAAUAUCUAAAGAUGUGGAUCCUCCAGUCAGUAGCUUAAUGAUGAUAAAUGUAUAUGUUGCAUUAGCACUUGUUACCUCAUUGUGCAUCUUCAUACGGUCCCAUCUUCUUGUCAUGGCUGGAUGUAAGACUGCCACUAUACUAUUUCAUAAGAUGCAUCAAUGCAUCUUCCGAGCUCCGAUGUCUUUCUUUGACUCUACUCCUAGUGGACGCAUCUUGAAUAGAGCUUCGACCGACCAAAGCGCAGUGGAUAUCAGAAUUUUUGACCUGAUGGGCUACCUUCUGUUUCCGGCCUUCGAACUUGUUGGAACAGUUGUUCUAAUGUCAAGGGUUGCAUGGCCAGUCUUUGUAAUUUUUGUCCCCGUUAUUGUUGCAUCCCUGUGGUAUCAGCGAUAUUACAUAAAUGCUGCUAGGGAGUUGCAAAGGUUAAUUGGAGUUUGCAGAGCCCCUGUGAUGCAGCAUUUUGCUGAAUCGAUUACUGGCUCAAAUAUCAUUAGAUGCUUUAAUAAGGAAGGUCAGUUCAUCAGUUCUACCGGUCAUUUGAUGGAUAACUUUUCUCGGCCAUGUUUAUAUAAUGCUGCUGCAUUGGAAUGGCUGAGCUUGCGCUUGGAUAUUCUUUCAUUAUUUAUUUUCGGGUUCUCCUUAAUACUUCUGGUCAGCUUCCCAACUGAUCUAAUCGAUCCAAAGACAGCUGGCCUUGCAGUCACUUACGGACUAAGUCUGGGUAUGCUACAAGGGUGGGCUAUUGCGGUCCUGUGUUGUUUGGAAAAUUCAAUGAUAUCUGUAGAAAGAAUGUUGCAAUACACGACUAUUCCUUCUGAGCCACCUCUUACAAUAUCAGAAAGUAGACCGAAUUGCCAGUGGCCAGCAAAGGGAGAAAUCGAGCUUCGUAACGUUUAUGUGAAAUAUGCACCGCAAUUGCGUUUUGUUUUGAAAGGCCUGACCUUCACCUUACCAGGAGGAAUGAAGACCGGUAUAGUUGGAAGGACAGGUGGUGGAAAGUCGACCUUGAUACAGGCACUAUUCCGCAUCAUCGAUCCAUGCAUUGGGCAAAUAUUGAUAGAUGGCAUAGACAUCUGCACCAUUGGGCUGCAUGACCUACGGACAAGACUGAGCAUCAUUCCACAAGAUCCUGUUAUGUUUGAGGGGACUCUGCGCAGCAACAUCGAUCCUCUGAAUGAAUAUAGUGAUGAGCAAAUCUGGGAGGCAUUGGACUCGUGUCAUCUUGGAGAUGAAAUUAGAAAGACUGGGCAUAAGCUUGAAUCUACAGUCAUAGAGAACGGCGAAAACUGGAGCGUGGGUCAGCGGCAGCUUGUUUGUUUGGGAAGGGUUAUACUGAGAAAGAGGAGGAUUUUGGUUUUGGAUGAAGCAACUUCUUCAGUGGAUCCAAUAACCGACAGUUUGAUUCAAAAAACCUUAAAGCAGCACUUCACCGAAUGCACAGUAGUUACGAUAGCGCAUCGUAUCACGUCAGUUCUUGAUAGUGAGAAGGUCAUUCUUCUGGACAACGGUGAAAUUGCAGAGCACGACUCACCUGCGACGUUGCUUGAAGACACUUCAUCCUUGUUUUCCAAACUCGUGUCAGAAUAUACCAUGGGAUCAAAUUUUAGGUGAAAGAUGCAAGAAGGGCUUGAAUUAUUCGAGCCUGCUUUCCAACUUGAAGCGCACGUUCUGGCUAAAAUUUCCUGGUAGUUUAUUCUUUAGAAGAAAAAAAACCGGUUGUUCAGAAACUCUAUAUUUCUUCGUCACAAGAACGUGUGAUAAUUGUAAUGGAACAAAUUCGUGCGUAUACUCAAUAUAGUUGUUAUCUUCACGUCAAUAGAGUGAUGGAGAGUAUUCAUGUACAAACGGAAUUUUUAUCGCAACAUCUGGACAAUAGUAUAUGAUGAUCAAA